CUACACACUAAUUGGUCGCCGCUCAGCCGCUCGUAAAAGGAGGAUUUUUUUUUUUCCAAGCGCACGACUUUCCGAACUCCACACUCCUCGUUGAAUCGUUGCCUUUUUUUUGCUAAUCUCGCAGAAAGUGAAUAAGUAACUUUCCCUGAAGAAGCUGUAUCGGACACAGCAGCUGUUGUUUUUUCUUUUUCUUUACCGAGGAGUAAGUGGAAGGGAUGCGGGGGUUCACUGGUGCGCAGCGGGCAGGUGUCCAUGAGGGAUCCAUGGCCAUCAGAUGACUGGUACUUCACAUUUCACACCGUUACGGCCUCCUGUGUCCGUCUCCUCUCGACGAGCCGGAAGCUCUGUCCGUGGUGAGCGAGGAUCAGCCCAUGUUUGAGCCGCCCUACCCAGCAGCCCCGGCCAUGCACAUGAAGGUCGAGAUGACGUCGCCAGGAGUUUACGGCCAGGCCUCCAAGCAGAGCCCCGAGGCCGCCGAGCCGGAGUGGGUGGGGUCAGCGGCGCAAAACCCUGGGAAAAGAGGCGAACACGUCAACGGGACCAGCCGUGAGUCUCCUGUGGACUGCAGCGUCACCAAACGCUCCCGACACAUGAGCAGCGACGGGGGCCCGAUGCCGUACCAGGCCUCGUACGUGGAGCCUCGCGCCAGCCCCCAGACCGCCACCCCCCCCAGCAGCACCACAGAGGAGAAGAGGGUCAUCGUGCCAGCAGAUCCAGAGGUGUGGACACAGGACCACGUGCGCCAGUGGCUGGACUGGGCCAUCAAGGAGUACGUCCUGGAGGAGGUGGACGUCAUGCUCUUCCAAGCCCUGGACGGCAAGGCCCUGUGCAAGAUGACCAAGGACGACAUGAUGCGUCUCACGUCGGCCUACAACGCAGACAUGCUGCUGUCACACCUCAAUUACCUCCGGCAGAGUAGCCCGACUUUCUCCUAUCCCACAACUCCCACCAACAACACCCCCCCACAGCAACCCAGACUACAGGUGAAAGCAGAAAGCGGGUUUGAUGAGAUCAGCCGCAGAAACAGCUGGCCAGCAAACACCAUGACAGCAGUGCCGAAAGGUUCCUCCAUGGAGCACCAGCACGGAUCAAGAGUUACAGACCCAGCUCCAAGAAUUGUGCAAGACCCAUAUCAGACACUAGGGCCCAUCAGCAGUAGACUAGCCAACCCAGAAGGCCAAGCCCUCAGCUCAACCAAGAACCGAACGGGCAAACAAAGUCCGUACAAGCUCCCUGACCCCAGCGCUCACAGGCCUGUGGGUUCAGGGCAGAUCCAGUUGUGGCAGUUCCUGCUGGAGCUGCUGUCCGACAGCAACAACGCCGGCAUCAUCACCUGGGAGGGAACCAACGGCGAGUUCAAGAUGACCGACCCCGAUGAGGUGGCCAAGCGCUGGGGCGAGCGCAAGAGCAAGCCCAACAUGAACUACGACAAGCUGAGCCGCGCCCUGCGCUACUACUACGACAAGAACAUCAUGACCAAGGUGCACGGCAAGCGCUACGCCUACAAGUUUGACUUCCAGGGCAUCUCGCAGGCACACCAGAACCACGGGGCCGACGGCGGGAUUAAGUACCAGACUGAGAUGUCUUACGUCCAGCCCUACCACAGCCACCAGCCCAAAAUGAACUUCAUGGGUGGACACCCUGCACCUAUGCCCGUCUCCCCCGGCAACUUUUUUGGCCCCCCGUCCACGUACUGGAACUCCCCCAACAGCCCCAUCUAUCCCGGGUCAGCCAUGAGCAGACAUCCCGCCACCCACUCCCACCUGAGCUCGUACUACUGAGGCCGGGGCGUUUCACACCUGACAGGGAGAACAUGGCAGAGGACAACAGGUUCACGUCUUCCAGGAUGAGCUGAACCCCGUCUGAAAUGAAGGUGAUAUGACGCUGCGGUCCGCUUAAUGAGGGCAUUAGGAAGUUGUCUUUGUCACAUUCUAUGUUGAAAAUGGGCAAAACACGAGGGUAAAUUAAUCCUGUGAUGAAUGUAAAGGAUUAAUAUCGUACUCGUCGCCGAGUUUUCUUUUCUGAAUACACUGAAGACAAUAUAUUAACGGUUAUACAGUUGUUAUGAUACCAAGUUUUUUUUUUAUUUGUACAUUGAUAGUAAACUGUUGUAAAGACACAAGUCAAACCCUUUACUGUGUGAGUAGCACAAUGGAUAGCAUACCUGCAGUUUUCACAUUCAAUGUGACUGACAUUUGUAAAAGAGAAGUUGUACAGAAUGAUUCUCAUGUAGCGAUGUAACAUUUACUCAUGAUGUAAAGCUAAUAAAUGAUGCUUGUACUUGGAA